AUGUCACGCCCAAGUACAUAUAAACAAAAAUCUAAAAAGGGUAAAAAAGCCUGGAGAAAGAAUAUUGACAUAGACGAAAUUGAAGAGGGCUUAAAAAAGGCAGCUGAUUCUCAAAUUUUACAUGGUAAAUCUAAUAUCGAAGACUUAGAAGAUGAUAAACUUUUCACUGUCGAUAUCGAAGGAGAUCUGGAAUUAAAAAAAAAAUUGAUUAAAAGAAAACAAAUUAAAAAAAAUAUUAAAUCAACUGAAAUUUUAGAGUCUAUUAAAACCACAUCCAAGGUAGAAGCAUUAACACAUCCAAAGAAAGUAAACAAUAAAAAAACUGUCCAAGGUGUUUCCAAAAAAAGACUUCAGAAAUUAUUAGAAAUUUCAGGUAAGAAAAGUGUUUCUACUCUAGACAAACUUUCUGCUAUUUUAGAAAGAGAUGGCUUAAUAAAAACUAAUCAUAAAAAUAGCACUGACUUAUGGGAUGAUCACAACGAUGACCAAAAUUUACCCAAUCCUUCACCCAGUUAUCUUAAAUUAAAAAAGUCUGCUGAAAAAAAUUUACCACAGGAAUUAUUAAGAAAAAGUACUUCUAGCUGGUCUACUGCCACUGUUGCUCCUAAUACCCUAAAAAUCGGGCCCUCAAAAGUUAAAGAAUAUGAAGACAUACCUCAUGCUGGGAAAUCCUACAAUCCACACGAAAAAGAUUGGAAACUUUUAUUAGAUAAGGAAUAUACUUCUGAAAAGAAGAGAGAAGAUAUUAGAAUUGCCAUGGAACAAUAUAAAUGUAAAAUAAAACAUUUGAUGGAAACUUUACAAGAUGCAGAGGAAGAAGAUGAUGAAGAAUCAGAUAACGAGGAGGAAGAGGAGAAAGAAGGAGAAAAUACUGAAAACAAUGCCGAGAAUAUCACUAGACUAUCUGUUAAUGAACCCGUUAAAAAUAAGAAAAAAACUAAAUAUCAAAGAAAUAAACAAAGGAAACAUAAAGAAAGAAUUAGACUUCAAAAUGAAUUGAAAGCAUUGAAAAAAGCGUUAAAGGAAUAUGAAAUUUUGGAUAAUUUGGAAAAGGGAAAAGAACAGAAUAAUAACAAUGGUGAUGAUGUCACUACUGACAAUAAUGAUACUACUACUAAGAAUAAUACUAAUAGUCAUACUUCAUCAAAGGUAGAAAAAAAACACAAGCUUGGUUCCAAGCAUACUGUUUUAGAUGAAACUUUAGAGGUUAAAUUUAAAGACGAAUUAAAUGGUUCUUUACGUAAAUUAAGGCCAGAGGGUAACCUAUUAUAUGAUAAUUUACGUAAAUUACAAAGCAGUGGUAAAAUUGAAGCCAGAAAACCUAUCAAAAAGGGUAGAAAAUAUAAGCCUAAAAUUACCGCUAAAUGGACUCAUAAAGAUUUUACUUAG